CCAGACUGCAGAUCCAGACUCACGUCGUCACGACUAACUUCUGACAAGAUUGAAGGAGUCGGAAAGCUUGCAUUUCCAGCACCUCCAGGCGCCUUUCCUUCACAUCUUUCCUGUCUGCUUAGAUCAACCUGCCUCACAACACUUCUGAGAUUUACAAGCGCAUAAAGCGCGCUGUCGGGGCCGAUGGCGUGCACGUGCACCAGGCUUGCGGGGGGUGCCUCACUGGUGGAGGCUCUGUCAACCUCUGACAGGUUCGGUAGCAGGGCCCAAGCGCAGAGCUCUGAGCGACCUGCUGUGCCCCUGCGACGGAGUAAGUUCCUGGCAGGAGAGGGCAGAUGUUGUCCUGCACCUCUGCAAAGUUGCCAGAGCUCUGGUGAUUCUGCCAGGAGACAGGGCAGGCGAGAAGCACGGUGUGAAGCAGGGUCAUCGGGGAGGGACGUGAGGGCGCAAGCGGCAGUGAAGGACCUGAGCACGGUGCAAGAGGAUGUGGAAAAGACAGAGAUGGUGUCGGGGGAUACAUAUGGUGUAGCUGCUGAGCUGUCUCUGCCCCGUGUUAGCAGCGGAAAAAGUUUUGUAGCUCCUCUCUACCCGGGUUUCAAAUCUAGAUAUGGGGACAAUGAACCACGAAAAGGGUCCGAUAUCCUGGUAGAAGCCCUGGAGCGGGAGGGGGUACGGAACGUGUUUGCGUACCCAGGGGGUGCAUCAAUGGAGAUUCAUCAGGCCCUGACAAGGUCAGGGUCUAUCCGGAACAUUCUCUGCCGGCACGAGCAAGGCGAGAUCUUUGCGGCGGAGGGGUACGCCAAGGCUUCUGGGAGGGUGGGGGUGUGCAUAGCCACAUCAGGCCCAGGGGCGACCAAUCUGGUAACGGGCUUGGCCGAUGCAAUGCUGGACAGCGUGCCACUGGUGGCAAUCACCGGGCAGGUCCCUAGGAAGAUGAUUGGCACAGACGGCUUCCAGGAGACCCCCAUUGUGGAGGUUACCCGCUCCAUCACCAAGCACAAUUACCUGGUGAUGGAUGUGGAUGACAUUCCACGCGUCAUCAGGGAGGCCUUCUACCUGGCGGCCUCAGGCAGGCCCGGCCCCGUCUUGGUGGACGUACCAAAGGACGUGCAGCAGACGAUGAGCAUCCCGGACUGGAACCAGCCGAUGCGCCUCAAUUCGUACAUCAAGCGGCUGCCCGGCCUGCCGUCCCGUGACACGAUGGCCCAGGUGGUGCGCCUGCUGCAGAGCUCCAAGAGGCCAGUGGUGUACCUGGGGGGCGGCGCGCUGCACGCCAGCGAGGAAGUGCGCCAGUUUGUGGAGCUGAUGAAGAUCCCGGUUGCGCAGACGCUCAUGGGCCUUGGGACCUUCCCGGAGACGGACCCCCUGGCCCUUCAGAUGCUGGGCAUGCACGGCACUGUGUAUGCCAACUAUGCAAUCGACAAGGCGGACCUCCUUCUUGCUUUUGGCGUGCGCUUUGACGACCGUGUGACAGGGAAGCUGGAGACGUUUGCCAGCAGGGCCAGCAUCGUGCAUAUAGACAUCGACCCUGCAGAGAUUGGUAAGAACAAGGCGGCCCACGUGUCUGUGUGUGCGGACAUCAAGCCUGCGCUAGCCUGCCUCAACGAGUUGCUCCAGGAGGAGGUUGCCAACGGCGCCGACAAGUGGGACUACGCAGACUGGCGGGCAGAGGUGCAGGAGCAGCGGGAGAAGUACCCCAUGGCGUUCCCGGUCACGACCGACUUCAUCGUGCCGCAGUCCGCCAUCCAGACCCUGUACGAGCUGACCAACGGGCGCGCCAUCAUCAGCACGGGCGUCGGGCAGCACCAGAUGUGGGCUGCGCAGUGGUUCCAGUACAAUGAGCCGCGCAGAUGGGUCACCUCAGGCGGCCUUGGCGCCAUGGGCUUCGGCCUGCCGUCUGCGCUCGGGGCGGUGACGGCGUGCCCCGACAUGGUAGUCGUCGACAUCGACGGCGACGGGAGCUUCAUCAUGAACGUGCAGGAGCUGGCGACGAUCAAGGUGGAAAACCUGCCGGUCAAGAUCAUGAUCCUCAACAACCAGCACCUCGGCAUGGUCGUCCAGUGGGAGGACCGCUUCUACAAGGCAAACCGCGCACACACGUACCUGGGAGACCCGGAGGCACCCGAGGAUAUCUUCCCCGACUUUUGCAAGUUCGCCGAGGCGUGCAAGGUGCCCACGGCUCGCGUGUCGCGGCCCCAGGACUUGCGCGAGGCCAUCCAGACAAUGCUGGACACGCCGGGCCCUUACCUCCUGGACGUCAUCGUGCCGCACCAGGAGCACGUGCUGCCUAUGAUUCCCGGUGGAGGGGAGUUCAAGGAUAUCAUCGUAGAGGGAGAUGGCAGAAGGAAAUACUAGGCGGUCAAAUUAGCCAGUUGAUCGAGACAAUUUUGCUCUGAGCGGCAGAGUACUUACUUGACAAACGGAGGUGAUGACAAGGUCGGAAGUCUACGCAGGGAAAGCUUUGGUGCUUAAGACACUGCACCUUAUUACUGGAUAAUUGUCGAAGUUGGGAGGUUGUAGGAUAAAAGGAACAGGUGAACUUGGAAACGGUGGGUUCAAUGGUAGAUGCUGAUUGGGAGGCACUGUUUCUUGUGUCGGAAGCUCUAGCUGGAUUGCGAGCUGAGGGUUCUUUUCCAAGGAACCAACUUAAUAUUAUCAAAGUAAAGAUCAACUCACAGUGUUUGCUCAGCACUUUUGCUAAAGAUACAUACCGUACUGCUACGUGAUUUCGGCAAAAAAUAAAUAAUUAUGUGCCCUGCCGAAUUUCGCUGGAAAAUAUUUUGGAGCGAUAAUGGUCGAUAAUGGUGCUUUUUAGCAGGUAACACUAGGUCUGCCGAAAGGAUAAAACGUUUCAUUAUUAACUUUUCGGCGUUGAAGUUGCCGAAAUCAAAUAGCAGUACGGUAGUAAGCUUUCCAGGGAGUGUAUGUCUGCAUAGUGAUUGCUUGGUGCAUCGAAUUUAUU